AUGUCUUCAAAUCUUGAGCGUUCAGCUCUCCAGGAUAUCUCCAAUAUCCUGCCUCGCUCAAAGACAAAGCGCAAGCGUAUGGCCAGACAGAUCAUUGACGAUGAUACUGAUUCUGACAAUGCCUCUGCCCCCAUCCACCUCCCCACCAAACCAUUGCCCUCCAACGCCCCUUGUUCAGACACUGACUCUGAUACUCCCCUUGUCCCAAGAAUCCGAAAGAAGCGAAUUGCCAAUCAACAUUCAAACCCCAAACACUCAGUCGAUGAUGUCGUUCAUUCCCUCGAGGAUGAUGGAACUUGGAGUCCCCCUCAAGCCCAAAAUUAUUCCUUCGAUUCUGACACUGAUGGGGAAGGCAAUGACAUAAUUGAUGCAUAUAAAGUCGUCGAUCUUGCUGAAGGGGUACAAGAUACUAAAGGGCUUGUGGACGAAGACGACUCAGAAGAUGAUGACAAUUUAGAAAAGGAGGUCACCGAUGGUGGUGCAAGACACUGGGUAACCCGGCUCCUAGCAAUCACACAAGAACCACCUAACGAUAUCGCCCCUUACCUUAUGCCAGGUGUCUCGCUGCCUGUCGUUAAAGCCAACCAGCUGCUCUUUGAGUCUACAGUCACAUCUAUGCUGGAAAGAGCGCAGAAAUAUGCUAUGACACAGGAGCUAUCUGAUCUUCGAGUAAAGAACUUCAAAGAGCGUGCCCUUUCUGUUGGGUUCUGGAACUUAUUCGAACGCCUCCAAGUGGCAGAAAUGACAAAACCCUUUUUCGGAUCGAUGGCACCCGAGGUCAUGUCGCUACUAGGCCGCAAAGACCUUCAGCCAGCUGACCUCUUGGAUCUACCUCGAGUUGAUGAUCAUUUCCGUCUUUGGGGUGUAUAUGUCAACAUUGUCACUGACAAGUUCGGAAGAGUCCGCGGAGUCUACAUUGGGUCAAGCGUCGCAUAUAAAACAUACAUCGGGAUCACAGGUCGUGUACGCGGCCACUUGGCCAAUGCCAUGAAACCAUUCGAUUCGCUAUCCGCGGCACAGAAAUCUGAGCAUUAUCGUUUCCUUAGCCAACCUGGAAUGUCUUCGAAUUUCCGCACCCUCGCUCUUUUCAAAAUCCAGGCUAAUAACACCGCCCCUACUGUCCUCGCCGAGGCCAUUUUGAUGUCCUUCCUGUCAACAGUCAUAGUGUCCUCAGAACAGCAGGUCUUUCUGGAAACGUUGCGACAGGACCUCCCUGGUGUCCAUGACUUCUCGGCAAUUGGUCUCAACCGUAGCAUUCCUUUAGCCUACGGAUACAAAGGCAUGCCCGUAUCCCAUACACUGCAUCAAACCUGGCUAAAGGAGAACGGCCUCGAAGACGUAUGCAUGAAUUGUGGGAGACAUGCACCUGACGACGAUAAGGAUUGGGGUGGAUGGUUCUCUAAACGCCGCUGCCGAGCAUGUCUGAGUUGGCGGAAUGCACAUGGACACGAAAAGCAACCUGGAGAAUUUGUUAGUCUGAUUGAUCAUCAACUAUUCUGGGUCGACAUGGGCCAUCCAGAUGUUUGUCAAAACCCUCUUUGCGGAGAACCACGCCGACCCGGCCGCAAUGCUUUCAGGGGUUUUGGGCCCGAGUCACGAUGUAUCGCAUGUUACAAGCACAAGAUUAAAUAUGAAGAGGAAGACCCCAGCCCGCACAAUGGAAAGCCUUUUGCAAAACAUCAGGAAUGGUUAGAUCAAGGAAAUCAUGACGUCUAUGGGACUUGUCGUGAACUACGACCAGACGAAAGCCAUCUCCUAGGCUGGACUGGCUGGCUGGACGCUUCCAAAUGCGCAAGGUGCACCAAGAACGCGCGCCCAACAAAUGACGAUGACGCUGCAUGGGUUGAAGAACACGGCGACACUUGUGCUUUGUGCGGCGUUGAUCGCAUCUAUACAAAUCUUAUACAUGGACGAGCUGCUAACCGGAGAUGCCUGUCUUGCUUCCAGUAUAAACAGAAGCAUAAACACGACAAGCCACCAGCAGAAAUCGCAUAUGGUGAUAAGUCCGUCCAUGCACAGUGGGUAGCCCAAGGCAAUCGAGAUGUUUGUUGCGAAUGUGGUCGUGCCCGAACCAAGACAAAUUUCUAUGGCUGGAGAGAUAAGGCCAAAUGCAGGACAUGCUACAAAAGAGCUCUAAAGGCGGGCAACCGAGUACUUCGAAAGAAUACGAAGAAGAAACAGAAGGGAGUCAGCGGCGGUUAA